AUAUAUACACAUAUAUGUAUAUAUAUGUGGCAUAAGGGUUAGUGACAUUUGCAGCUAGAUCCAAGAAUGAGGAACCGCAUCUGUGAUUGGGUUUUGAUAGUGGUGAUCGGAUUCAGCAGCUUAUUGGGGACAUGGGUCAAUGGGUAUGAGCUUGAUGAUAAAGAGUUCCAUGCCAAUACCACAGAAGAAAUGCUGUCAUUUUUGGAAGACGUUUCCAAUUUUCAACUCUCAGCUGCUGCUACUGCUUAUAAUCCUCUUCUUGUGGGUCUCACUCUCAUUCAUGGAGCUGCUGCCAAAGGCGCUGUAUGCAUGGAUGGAACGUUACCUGGGUAUCAUUUGCACCGUGGAUUUGGUUCAGGUGCCAACAGUUGGCUGGUUCACUUGGAAGGUGGAGGAUGGUGUAACAACGUUAGAACUUGUGUUUACCGUAAAACAACAAGGCGCGGGUCAUCAAAGUAUUUUGAAAAAUAUUUGGCUUUUACAGGAAUUUUGAGCAACAAGGCUGAAGAAAAUCCAGAUUUUUUCAAUUGGAAUCGAGUGAAGGUUCGCUAUUGUGAUGGGGCCUCUUUUACUGGGGAUUCCGAAGAUAAGGUUCAUAACCUGCAAUUUAGAGGACAAAAGAUAUAUUUGGCUGCCAUGGAAGAAUUGAUGUCAAAAGGAAUGCGGUAUGCUAACCAGGCUCUUCUUUCUGGAUGCUCAGCUGGUGGUCUGGCUUCAAUUCUACACUGUGAUGAGUUCCGAGAUUUAUUCCCAAGAAGAACUAGAGUCAAGUGUCUUGCUGAUGCAGGAAUGUUCUUGGAUGUGCGUGAUAUAUCUGGUGGACACACCCUCAGAAACAUGUAUCAUGGUGUUGUUACCUACCAGGGGGCUGCUAAAAACUUACCAAGAACAUGCACCAACCACCUGGAUCCAACUUCUUGUUUUUUCCCUCAGAACAUAAUUUCAAACCUCAGGACCCCAAUGUUCCUCCUGAAUACAGCCUAUGAUUCUUGGCAGAUCAGUGAUAGUUUAGCUCCUCGAUCUGCUGAUCCUCAUGGCGUCUGGCAGGCAUGCCGCAAGAACCCUGCAAAUUGUUCACCCUCACAGAUAAAUUUCCUUCAAGGAUUUAGAAAUCAGAUGCUGAAAGCAACCCAAAGAUUCUUCUUGUCCAAACAAAAUGGAUUGUUCAUAAAUUCAUGCUUUGCUCAUUGCCAAUCAGAGAGGCAGGAUACCUGGUUUGCCCGUAAUUCUCCUCGUUUAGGAAACAAGGCAAUUGCAUCGGCCGUUGGAGACUGGUACUUUGAACGCUCGAUUGUGAAACAAAUCGACUGCCCGUACCCGUGUGACAAAACCUGUCACAACCUAAUAUUUAGAGCAUAAUCCGGUCAGAAAAGCGCUAUUAAUUACAUCAUUUUUAUUAAAUUACAUGGAUGUUAAUUUCUGUUUCCUCAUUCAUUUAUGAAUUUAGAGAACAAUAUGCAUGAAAGGAGAAUAAUAUGCUAAGCUUGUAUCGCACUUUCUCCUAAAAUCGGUGAGAGUGGAAAUUAUUACAGAAAGAAAGAAAAAGAAAAGUCUUUUUACA